UGCAAUCGGCACCACACCCAGGCAAUUAAUUGGCGAGUGUGCGCUCUGGAUUUGAAUCUACCCAGCUCACACACAAAAACCAUAUACGACACAAGUCCAUAGACACGGCAGGAACGAGCACCAUGGAUCGAGCGAGCAGCGCGCAGGCCGAUGAGCUCAGCCUUGAGCUUACGCUGGCUGCCGUGGCGCCGGCGCACGGCACACCGGACGGCUUCUUUCUUUGCGUCCACUGCGACCGCAUGUUCCGCAGCUCACGGGCGCUUGGCGGCCACCAGAACGCGCACAAGAUGGAGCGUGCCCUCGCCAAGCGACGGCGGGAUACGGCGGCCGCCGCAGCUGCCCGCCGGCAGGAGAUAAGGUCUAGGAAGGCUGAGAGGGAUGUUGCUACUGCUACACGGAUGCCUGAGCCUGCUGGGGGUAAGCACGGCGGGAGCUCGUCGGAGCAAGCUGAUGAGGUGGACUUGUCUCUCCGGCUAUAA